ACAACACUCGCUGGCGCGCGACGCGAUGAAGUUCAGCGGAGGAGAUUAACCGGGGAAGCGUCGUCUGUUUACCGGUCAAAGAAAGACUCUUCUCGCGGGGAAGAAGGAGGAGGAUGUCCCAGGUGCUGAGGCUUCUCUCGGCGGCGGCCUCGCCUCUCUGCCGGGCUCGGCUCUCCGCGGUCGGGUAUCGGAGCUUCUCGGUGCCGAACGUCAGCCGGACUCCUCUGGACCGGCUCUGCGCUCACAGACUGCAGUCGGCUCAGCGGCGGUUCUACUCCUCUGAGCCCAAAGAUGGAAAAGCAGCAGCAGGAGGAGGUGGAGGAGGAGCAGGUGGAGGAGGAGGAAGAUCCUCGGGUGGAGGGAAGAGAGGAGGGAACGACUGGUGGAGCCGAAUGCAAAAGGGCGACGUGCCGUGGGACGAGAAGGACUUCCGCUACAUGGCGAUCACGGCGGCCGGCAUCAGUUCGGCGGCGUUGUACUUUUACUUCAGAGACAACGGACGAGAGAUCAGCUGGAAGGACUUCGUGCACCGCUUCGUGAGCCAGGGAUCGGUGGAGCGGUUGGAGGUGGUGAACAAACAGUACGUCAGAGUCAUCCUGGUUCCCGGAGCCGACACUGACGCGAACUACGUCUGGUUCAACAUCGGCAGCGUUGACACCUUCGAGAGGAACCUGGAGGCGGCGCACGCCGAGCUCGGCCUGGAGCCGUCACGGCGGCCGGCUGUCGUCUACAGCACCGAGAGCGACGGGGACACACACAAGAUCCCCAAGGGGGCCGUGCUGUCCGGGCCUCCCGGGACGGGGAAGACGCUCCUCGCCAAGGCGACGGCCGGCGAGGCCAACGUGCCGUUCAUCACGGUCAACGGCUCCGAGUUCCUGGAGAUGUUCGUGGGCGUCGGCCCGGCCCGGGUCAGGGACAUGUUCGCCAUGGCGAGGAAGAACGCCCCGUGCAUCCUCUUCAUCGAUGAGAUCGACGCCGUGGGGAGGAAGAGGGGCGGAGGCAACUUCGGGGGUCAGAGCGAGCAGGAGAACACGCUGAACCAGCUGCUGGUGGAGAUGGACGGCUUCAACACGGCCACCAACGUGGUGGUCCUGGCUGGGACCAACAGACCCGACAUCCUGGACCCGGCUCUGAUGAGACCGGGUCGCUUCGACAGGCAGAUCUACAUCGGGCCUCCGGACAUCAAAGGCCGGGCGUCCAUCUUUAAAGUUCACCUGCGGCCCAUCAAGCUGGACCCGGCCAUGGACCGAGACCACCUGGCCAGGAAGAUGGCCGCCGCCACGCCGGGCUUCACCGGCGCCGACAUCGCCAACGUCUGCAACGAGGCGGCUCUGAUCGCCGCUCGCCACCUCAACACGUCGGUCAGCGGGAAACACUUCGAGCAAGCCAUCGACCGCGUGAUCGGAGGCCUGGAGAAGAAGACUCAGGUGCUGCAGCCCGCUGAGAAGAAGACUGUGGCGUACCACGAGGCCGGCCACGCCAUCGUGGGCUGGUUUCUGGAGCACGCCGACCCGCUGCUGAAGGUGUCCAUCAUCCCGCGGGGGAAGGGUCUGGGCUACGCCCAGUACCUGCCCCGGGAGCAGUACCUGUACAGCAAGGAGCAGCUGUUCGACCGGAUGUGCAUGAUGCUCGGCGGCCGCGUGGCGGAGCACGUCUUCUUCGGCCGCAUCACCACCGGCGCCCAGGACGACCUGAGGAAGAUCACGCAGUCGGCCUACGCCCAGGUGGUCCAGUUCGGGAUGAGUGACAAGGUGGGCCAGGUGUCCUUCGAGCUGCCCCGGCAGGGCGAGAUGGUUCUGGAGAAGCCGUACAGCGAAGCCACGGCGGAGCUCAUCGACUCCGAGGUCCGAGAGCUGGUGGACCGGGCCUACCAGAGGACCCUGGAGCUGAUCCAGGACAAGAAGGACCUGGUGGACCUGGUGGGGAAGCGCCUCCUGGACAAGGAGGUGCUGGACAAGGCCGACAUGCUGGAGCUGCUGGGCCCGCGGCCCUUCAAGGAGAAGUCGACGUACGAGGACUUCGUGGAGGGAACCGGGAGCUUCGAGGAGGACACCAGCCUGCCGGAGGGGCUGCGGGACUGGAACCAGGAGAGAGGAGGCGAGGGAGCAGGAGACGAGGAGGAGGCCAGGCCCACUCAGGAGAAGCAGCCCGUCGUGUAGAGAUAAGAACAACAAACACUUCACAACAACAACACGCUGACUCCGUUUCCUUCACAUGAAUCCUCCGAGGACACGAGUGAUGUCAUCAAUGUUUUUUAAGACGUUUUUAAAUAUUCUUGAACUCGCGAGUAAACGAUGCACAUUUUUAUUUAUUAUGACGGAGUUGUUUUGCUCCCCGACUGAGAGACAAAGAAGAAAAAACAACUUUCCUGCAAAGUUUUACCGGUUUAAAUAUUCUCAGAUUUGAUGUUAAUUUUUUUUGGGUGCUUUUCCAGACGUUUUUUUCAUUUUUUUUUUCUUAUUUUAUUUACAAGACGCGUUUCUUUUAUUAACUUUCAUUAUUCUUUUAUUUAACAGACGUGUUUCAUGAAUAAAAACCACGGCGACUGUU